CGGAAGCGUUUCUUGUGUUUCCUGGAAAUGUUUGAAAUUGCAGUCCGUGAAGUGAACCUCUGAAAUUAGUUGAAAAUAAGAUUGCAGACUUGACUGUAUUUGAUCCGGGGAAACUAGCAAAAUACACGAGCAUGAGCUUCGUCUCUAAUCAAGAUGCGUGCAAUGGUCUUGAAAAUCUUCCAGUUUUCUUCGAAGGCAGUGUCAGUCAAGAUGAUUUGCCUCUAUUUCAGUACAGUCCAGAGAAUGUUCCAGGUCCCGGGUGUGAGACUGACCCAGCCGAGGUGACACUUCCAGGAUGCGAUUGCCGCUCCCAGUCCUGCCAGCAGGGGAGCUGUUCCUGCCUGGAGACCCACAGUCAGGCAUACAACAGUCAGGGGCGUCUGAAAUACCUCGGGGAGGAGAAGACUGAGUACAGCCUACCCGUAUUUGAGUGUAACGCCCUGUGUGGGUGCAGCGAAGCCUGCAGUAACCGGGUCGUGCAGAGGGGCCUGGGCCUUAGCCUGUGUGUGUUCCCCACUCAUGGUAAGGGCUGGGGGGUACGGGCACUGGAGCCCAUACCUCAGGGGACGUUUGUGUGCGAGUAUGCUGGGGAGGUGAUCGGGUUCGAGGAGGCAUGUCGGAGGCAGCGUGCCCAGAAGCCCGGAGAUAUGAACUACAUCAUUGUGGUGAGGGAGCAUGCUGGAGAAGGGAAGGUUGGGGAGACCAUUGUGGACCCUGGAACCGUGGGAAACGUCGGCCGUUUCCUCAACCACUCCUGCCAGCCCAACCUCUUCAUGGUGCCGGUCCGAGUGCAUUCACUGGUCCUUAGGCUGGCACUGUUCGCCGGGCGGGACAUCGCCCUUGGAGAGGAGCUCACUUUCGACUACUCUGGGGGCUACAACAACCCCCAAGGCAAGGGGUCGCAUCCAUCUCCGGGUGGCCAACAGGCAAAGGGAGUGGGAGAGGAAGGUUUUAAAAGAAAGCCUUGCCACUGCGGAGCCCAUAACUGUAGACUGUUCCUGCCCCUGGACGUCUCUGUCAUCAGCAAUACUUAUAUGUCAGGACCUCAUCAUUGCUCACUCGUUAAAGGCCUUCAUGAAAAACACAGCCUGGACAUGUAGUCUCAGGUUUGAGCUGUGACCUUAAUUAUGCCAUAGGUUAUCACCGGAAGUCCACAAUAGCAAGACACAGUUGGUCUUGGGCCAGGGCCUGGAACAUUCUCUUACAUUAGCUCCUCCCAACAUUUCAGGUACCUACAGGCUGCAAGUUAUCCUCAGUAGGAGAUGCAUCUUUCCAGUAGUGCUGUGUGGUAAAAUAAUGACUGGCUGAAGGACUGUAGUGGUGGUGUCCACAUGCUUCAUCUAUAGUAAUAUUGGUGUGCAGUACAGUGGACAUAGCUACAGACAGAGUUGGCAAUUCCAAAUUGGUGAGAAGUUAAAAUGGAAAUAAAAAUCUAUUUCAAAUAGCCUGUAUUUGUUUGCCUUGUAUAUUUUCAGCCUCAAAUUAGCUUGUUAGUCUUUCUGGUCGAGAUGAGUGGUGAUUUAUGUGAUUAUUGUGCCGUUCUGCACAUAGCCAUGUUAGCAUCUUACAGUACAUAUUACAGUAAAAUCUGAAUACAUUACAUAUGAGAAUGCACAAAGGUGGUCAUGCUGCAAGUUAUUGCGCAAAAUAAAUAUAAAUUUGUA